AUGAACGAACAAUUUUCGACCAUUCUCAAUACGGACUGGAAGAGGCGUCAAUGGAUGCACUAUGUGUACAGUCGAAGCAUGGAGGACAUUUCACUCCUAGAUUCUUGCAAAAAAGGAAGUAUAUUACAGCAUGAUGCUCAUCAUGAGAAGAUUAUGCUGCCGAUUGAACAGCCUUGCUUUGAUCCAUUAUCAGCAAACAUAUUUCAGCCAUCGCCAUCGACUUCCGUUUUAGUACCCAAACGAUUCAUCAAAUGGUAUAACUCCAUGACAUUUGACAAUGGAUACAAGCAAUUGUACUCGUUCGAUGAACUUGCAUAG